UGUCUCGGCACUUCAACACUGCGGUCAUGCUCACAGUGACCUUCUAUGGAAGAGAACAUGCUAUCUAAAAAAGUUAUUAAUACCACAACAAGCUAAAACUUCUCCCCCAUGAGGCAUUCAGAUCUGACUUUUCCGUGAGGAGCUGCACAUCCACUCUCUUUCGAAUCCACAGAUUCACCCAACUGAGUCCAAUCAUGUCAGACAGCGAGGAGAUGGUGGAGGAGUACGAGGAGGAGGUGGAAGGUAAGACCUUGUGUGACUGGUAUGACAUGCUGUUUGAACUGUGGCUGUGCCAUGUAAGUCAGUGGAGCUUUGAUAGCCACAGGAACCACUGACUGAUGAAGGGAACGUUACACAAACAUGACCAUGGGGGUUAAGCCUAGGUAGGAAUAACUGAGUCUUAAUGCGUACACAUGAUGUGCCUUACAGCUCCACAUGUGACAGUUUUUUUACAGCAGCUCUUUUUUCCCCGAUUUGAAAACAUAAAAGAAAUAAUUCCAAUAUCUAUAUAAAAGAAAGUGAACAAAACCACAUUCUGAUUGUAUCUUUAUGUGGCUCCAUUCUGUGUGUUUCCACGCCAUUGUGAUUCCAUAGAGGAGGAGGAGGAGGAAGCCGCCGAAGUAGAGCAAGAAGAGGAGGAGAAGGAUGAGGAGGAAGUGGAAGCAGAGGCUGAACAGCAGGAAGACACAUCUGCUGAGAUCAGUGCAGAGCAAGGUGGAGAUGAGGAGGGAGAGGAGGGCGAAGAAGAGGAGGCCAAACCAAAAUUCAAGCCUUUUAUCAUGCCAAACCUCAUUCCUCCUAAGAUCCCAGAUGGAGAGAAGGUGGACUUUGAUGACAUACACCGUAAGCGGAUGGAAAAAGACUUGAUGGAGCUUCAGACUUUGAUUGAAGUUCACUUUGAAAGCAGAAAAAAGGAAGAAGAGGAGCUAAUUAGUCUUACAGACAGAAUUGAGAAACGCCGAUCUGAACGAGCAGAGCAGCAACGGAUCCGCAGCGAGCGUGAUAAAGAGCGUCAGAAACGACUUGAAGAUGAGAGAGCUCGCAAGGAGGAGGAAGAGGCGAAGAAAAGAGCAGAAGAUGAUGCAAAGAAGAAAAAAACCCUGACCAGCCUCCACUUCGGUGGCUACAUGCAGAAGCUGAAUGAAAAACGGAGUGGUAAGAGGCAGACGGAGAGAGAGAAGAAAAAGAAGAUCCUGAGUGAAAGACGCAAAUCUCUGGACAUUGAAAACUUAAGUCAGGAAAGACUCAAGGAGAAAGCUAAAGAGCUGUGGGAGUGGAUGUUCCAGCUGGAGGCUGAAAAGUUUGAUCUACAGUAUCAACUCACCAUGCAGAAAUAUGAGAUAAAUGUCCUGAGAAACCGUGUGAGCGACCACCAGAAAACAUCUAAGAGGACCAAAAGAGGCCUAAGGAAAUGAAUGUCGAAUGUGUGAAGUGAGCAGUAAUUAUCUACCGCCUCCUGGAGAUUUGCCUCUAACUAAGGCCAGGCUUUCCUAGCACACCCAAGCCCCACCUACAUCCCUGUCUUUAGAUAUUUCAUCCAAAUAUUCCAGCUUUCUCAUUUUCUUGUUUUUACUGUACUCUCCCCUUUUUAGGAAAUACCAGUAAGUGUUUAAAUAUGUAAAUUAAACCCCACUUUAUCAUCACCA